AUGCAGCAAUCAAAUAGCCUCUGUUCAACUAUGAGGGGUUUCUUUGAUAUUCUCAUUUACCGCAUAGAUCCUGUUCUGUGCCCAGCAAUGUUCAAUCGACUACGAUUUCCACAAGCAGCUCCAAGAUUUCCAAGAAUCGAUUUCGAUGACAGGCUUGAGGGACUGAUGGAUGACAAGAAACCUGCUUGGAAAACUUGGCAGGAAAGUGUAAAAGAUUCAUAUCAUAAGGCUAAACGAUCAGUCGAAAGAAGUAAAGAUGAAACGCAGUUUCUGGAAUCCGCGCUUAGUCGAACGAGAAAAUGCAGAGCCGAAAGUCCAUUUAGGCAGUUAGAUACAAGCACUGGCUUCAUUCCGAGCAUUAGAACUCAUGCAUCAGGUCGCAAAGUAGUGUCACCAUGCCGUCCCUAUCUGACCGUUCACGCUUCGUGUCCUCCUCCACGAGCAAUAUCUUCGCUAGUUGGUUUUGAUUUUUCAUGGGAUCAAAUCGCAACAGCCACAGUCCACUUUCCAUUUCCAGGAGGUUCUGGGCCAUACGCUGCGCCAGCAGUCUCAUCCUCUCAAGGAACUGAAUCACGAUAUGAGCGAAGAGCGCAUGAUGUUGAAGCCAUGCUAUUAAAGACUGCUCCCCUUCCCGCGCACAUGAAGGUGAUUACCGCCAAAGAAUUUCGCAAUGCUCCUGCUCCAUCAGCUGGAUCAGCGUCAGAGUUGGAUGACUACGACUUUUCCAGAUAUUGUCCAAAGCCGUAUUACUCUCGACCGAAUCGAGAUGAUCCUGACUACUUCGACUUUGAUCUCCAACAUUCCGUGGAUCUGUUCAAACGUCCGGAAGGAAAAUACACACCAAGAGGCCCGCAAGAGUGGGAAACAAAACUGCUAGGCGAAGUGAAUACCAAGGGAUCAACUCCAGUUUCUGGAUACAUGUUCACAAAAGGAGACCCUGACUGGCGCACAAAUGGCUCAUCUUAUUUGAGCGCCGCUCUGCGCACACCAAAAUUCUGGGAGCAAAGGUUUGAAAGUUUGGGAAAGCAAGUAAGGGAGAGCAAUCCCAUUAGCCUUGACAGCAUUAACAGUGACAAUCCUUCACAAAUGUUAUACCGUCGUAGUCUGUUCAUAUUCUGUGUGUUCAAUGCUAGCUUAGUUCGUUAUCGUAACGUCCGUUCUACGUGUUGUCCACGUUGUGCCAUCUCUGUUUAG